GUUGCGCGGAACGCACGCGCCCGUGCUUGCCGCGAACUUACCUCGAUACAUCGUGAACAAGUGUUUACCCAUCCCCAAAACAUUUUUAGUUCACCACUUCAUUUCAUUUCAAUCACCUGACAGUUCUGUUUUGUGUUGUUUAUUUUUGUUCUGUGACCACAUUGGAGGUGAUCCGUUUAUUUUCAAUACUGCCGACUGUUUACGGGCUGCGCGAAACGAGCGCCCGUUAUAAUGUGACCGGCGCCAGAAUACGCGCGUCUCCCUUCAAGGUGUUUGCGAUGUGGUGCACGUGGGCAACGUUAUUACUGGUGUCGAGUGCACUGGUGACGGCGGAUACCGGCGCGGGAGCAGACGCGGUCGAGGCGACCACACUGGCUCCCGCCCCCGCCAGCACAGAGGCAGCGGAUGAGACCACCACGACCAACCACGACUCCGUGUCAGCUGAAUCUCGAGCGGCUGUAGCGACCACCCGGGCGCCGCCAAGGACACUCGACCGGCAAGCCGCCGAGCUUGCCUGGAGGUCCUGGCUCCAAAGCGCCGAAAAUGGCAACCAGAACGCCCCCCCUAGGAGGAUCACUACGAAGUCUUUAUUCAUUACGCCCCUCGUUUGUCCUAAAGGACAACGGAUCGACCGCAAUGCUUGUGUUCAGACUGUUACGGUGGACAAAUCAGAGCACGAACGCAUUCUGCUGGAGCAACUGAACGCCCUGUUUUCCUCCCCUUCGAGUAGCGAUGUGGUGUACGACUAUGGCGACAGCGAACCGUUGCAGCUGUCCAUACCCAUCAACCAGGACCCGCAGGCUGCACUCCUCGUUAACCAAGAGCCCUCUGCACAGGCUCAAGAACUCCAACCAAAUUACGCUAACAUCGACAAGAAAGAUGAGAAUAAGGACUCCAGCAUUGAAGCUGAAUUAGAACUUUUGAAGUUGCAACAAUCUGAUAACAUCACAGCUAUCUCUGCUUCUGCUGGAAUAAACCACGACAUGAACACCCUCUCGCACUUGGCGGAUAAACCGAAGCGCGACAGCCCAGUUGACGACUCCGCGGAAACCAGGCCCACAGGCAAUAAUGACACCGACGUUGGACAAAAAGAACUUGUUUACGGACAUGUAAACGUGGACCCCGUACUAUACAAUAUUAAUAACGCAAACCAAGAAGCCCUGAACAUCAACACUGAAAUAACAAGCGACUUACAGACUAACCAUUCAGCGGCUGCAUUAAAGAUGCCGAACGAAAAGAUAACUGACAUGGUUGAUACUGAUAUAAAGAAAGUAACAUCAAAUGACACCAAAGAAUUGCAUAACAAAGAACAAACUAAACUUAAUCCAGAAAACGAUUACUCCGAUAUCGGUGAAGCUAUUAAGCUCAUAAGUCGGUAUGCUGAAGUUUCCACCGAUGAUAAUUUCGGAAAGGAUAAAAAGAAACACGCAAUCAAAGAUGAUAACAUACUCGGCACGCGAACUAAACUACAAUAUAGACGCAAUAAACCCAAAUCCGAAGUACUUCAAGAGUCUCUACCAAUCGACACUGUACCAGAUUCAUCAUUGGAAGACAAAAUUCCUCCUAACAGUUUUUACCCUAAGAGUGAAGCGUUCUACAGGUACCCUUGGCCAAGUCAACACUCAGCAACUCCACCACCAGACUACCCAUUCCGCCAUUUGCAAGACUACUGGCCCGGUCGAAAUCACAUCGGAGGAGUCUACAACAGCCACGGAAACCCAAGGCGCCAUCAUCAUUCGUACCCCCAUUACUUUAGACCUCAUGGCUUCUAUCCGGAAGUUUAUCCUGGCCAAGACAUAUAUCCCCACCAAAUGCAGGGUUACCCUCAUAAAUUAGUCCAACGCCAUACGAAACCGGUGCGAUCUCAAAUGACGAAUCAGGGUUUAUACAGCCUCCUAGGUUUGAGACAUUGGUUUAGCAGUGAAGGUACAUCAAAGAGAUAGUUCGUUUUAAUCUAAUUAGACAAUUUGAUGUUACCCGACGACAUAUAAUGGAAGCUAUGGAAAAUAUUUGUUAGUAACGGUAUUUACGAAUUUAAACUUAUUCUUCCUACAUCAGUUUACCCAUACUGCUAACUGAAACUUGGCUAAAAUUUAAAUUAUGAAAUAAGGAAUGACUGUUAAUGUAAUCUUGAUAUGAUACUGUAUCAACCCGAACUUACGCGUGAAGUUAUCUAAUUAAGAUAAUAGUUAGUCUGGCAAAGUUAGUGAGAUGCAUAAUUCAGGUGCCAACGCAGUUUCAUUAAACUAUUCACUAAUAGCCAUAGCUUUCAUUGUAUUAUUAUUUAUUUGAAAACCAAAUAUUACAGUCAUAGUUAAGGACUUUGUUAGCUGUUUUAAUUCUUGUAAAUAUUUCUUUUAAUUUAAGUGUUUUAUUUUGCUGCUGGAAGUUGUUCACAUAGUAUUAUUUGUUUUAUAUUAUGUUAAAUGUAAUUUGUUGUAUUGAUCAAUAAUUUGUGUUUAGCUGGUGUAUAUUUUUAUAUUUUUUGUUAGAUGUGAAUGUAAUUUUGUCUAUAGAUGUUCAGACUUUCUUGUUAGGUGUGUCUAACCAUAGUACGUACAAUUGGGCACUGGCUUGCCUAUAAUUAGCCGUAUUAUGUAUGAGGACGACCGCGUAGAGACGCCGGUCUGCCGGGUAGAGUCUCUUCGUUGCUUAUUGUUUCCAAGUGUAUGCAUAGCUUGUAAUGAAUGUAUGUAUUAAUUAUUUCAGACAAAUCUAAAUCAAACUCAAAUAAUCAAAACCCACCUGAAACAUAUGCAUAGUGGCGAAAGAGAACCACGCUAUUAAUUAUUUAGUUAUUAUUUAAAUAAAACGAUCUUAGCAAGAUGAAUAGAUAAAUCCACAAAACAGGAAUUUUCGCAGUGUUAAAAAUUGGCUAAUCGUUUCUCACAAUCCGCGCAUUUUAAUGUUUAAUAAAUUAUAAUCAGGAAUUCACUCCCAUGGAUAUAUUUGAAAGUCUCGUGAUAGAAUUAUGCAAAGUACUUAACGAGUUAGAAAAUGCUUGUUGUGAAUUGCCGGUCAAACGCCGAAUAUUAGCCGUUGAAGUAAGUACAGUCGAGUUUAAUAAUUAUUUUAUUACACAGUACCCAUUUUGGCAGAUGUUAACUCUUGUUAUAAAAAGCUUCUAACGUAUAAUCUAAGUUCAAGUGUAUAUUUCUGUACUCGACUGUACUAAUAAUGUGCCAAACAGAACGCAUUCAUAUUACGCAUCAUAUCGUCAGUAGCCACAAUAGCGCUGUAGCGCGGCGACAAGACAUGACGCUAAAGUGCGCUAGAAUCGCGUUCUACUGGCAAAAGAAUCGGGAAAACAAUAUCAACAAUAUUGUCAAUAUAACUAAAUGUUAUUACUUUCAGUUGUAAUUUAAUAAAGCCGAUUAUGCUUGCCUUAUGUACCUUUAGCUACUGAAGUUGUAUUAUCCUAUUUAAACUCGAACUGAAAAUCUAAUUAAAAUAAUGCAUUAUGGUACUCAAUAAAUUAUGCAUAUCAGUAACUAAGCAGUGCAUAGUCUGCAUCUGCAUUUGAGGUACAUUUCUCUGUUUAAGACUUAGUAGAAAUUUUGUUAAUAUCUAGAUACAUAAAUUACAUUACCGAACUAAUACACAUAACGAUCCCACCAAAGUUUAGUUUAAGCUUUAGUUUUUAUUGCAUAAACGUAAUACGCUAUUUACGACAUGAAAAUUAUAUAAAUUGUAUAUUAUUGUAUUUUUCUAACAUUUAUCAAAUAGUUAUAAUUUACUACAAUGAAAUUACGAGAGAUCAUUAAUAUUGACAGAUUUAUCUAAGGGUAGAGUUAGACAACAUAAAAUAAUGCAAGAAUGUGUUAGCCUUUUCUCGCUCUAAGUCUUUUAUGUUUCAAAUAAAACCAGUGCAUCAGGCAAUAUACAAUAAAUAUUUCUUUAUAAUAAUCUUAUCUACCUAAAAAAAUAUAGAAAGUCUUUUAUCAAUUAUCUUAUUUACACUAUUUCAAUAAGUACAAAACGGCGAAAAAUGUUUAAAAUUUAUUAAUGCAAAUGUACUCUAUAGCCGAUUUUGUACUAAUUAGUUUUAUAUACUUGCUUAGUAACAUUAUUGUACCUAUGUUGAUUAACUGCUACUAUUGAAUAUUGCAAUUAUCAAGACAACUAUUGUACAAAUAAUAUAAGAAUUUAUUAUACUUAAAUUACAAUGUCAAUCUUAGGUAUAUCAAUCAAGUCAACAAUUUCUAAUUCUCUAAAAUUGUCAUGA